AUGAUGGAAGUGAUCAAGAAAGAGCAAGAAGAAGAUGGUACGGCUCGGCGCCAGAGCCUGGAAGAGGGGGGCGCCAAGAAGGUCGUCGGCAGCAGCCACGAGGAGGAGCCGUCCCCGUCCGGGAAGGUGAAGAAGGCGAGGAAGCAGGGCGUCUCCGACCCACAAGUGAAGCGCGCUUGCGUGGACUGCACGAGGCGAUGCGCCCGAGUUCACGGCCGGGCUGCCGAUUCCUCCUCCGGCAAGGCUCCCCAGGUCGCCACGCCGCCGUCCUUCUUCAAGGUCAUGACGGGCUCCUCCGAAAAACUGGACAUACCGCCUCCAUUUGCCAAGAACAUUCCGGAGCUGGCGGACACCAACGUCUACCUCGAAGACGCCUUCGGGCUCCGCUGGCGGGUGUACCUGUGCGCGCGCGACGGCCGCCUGUCCUUCGGGCACGGAUGGAGCAACUUCGUGCUGGACCACGCCGUCGCCGUCGGCGAGUUCCUGGUGUUCCGGCACAUCUCCAGGUCGGUCUUCGUCGUCCAGAUCUUUGCUAAAUCCGCAUGUGAAAGGCUGCAUCUGUGUGAGAAGAACAAGAGCCAGAGCAAGAAGAGGAAGAAGCCCCAAGAGACGGCGAGCUCCGUCGGCGAUCGCACGGUGAAAGCAAGCAAGAAGAGCAAUGACAAUGGUAAAGAUAAACGCAGUAAAAAGAAACAGCUUGCUUGUGAUCUGUUGGAUGGUGAUCGAGAUAAAGCCCAGGACCAGGACUGUCAGGGUCAAGUUUAUGUGUUGGAUGCAAACACUGAAACCGAGUACUGUGGGGGCUCUGAUUUUGGGACGAAUGCAGAACCGACGACACCUUUGGCCAUGAUGGAUCUCGACGACGAGAUAACGGACGACAUAUUUCUCACAGCCGAUGCAUACGAAUUCGAAACAGAUCUCAUCUGCAUUCCAGAAGAACCAGAAGCAUUUCCUGUGGACAAUGGUAUGGAAGCGCCCGGUUUCAGCUGCGCCGAGAUGAUCGGCUCACGGAACUGUGACUCUUCCGUGGGAGUUGGUGGUCUCUGUCAUGGAGAGAAAUCAACAUGCCUGGAAAAUGAACACAUGGCUGAUGCACGGGUAAUAACAAGUACAGAUACCAAUGCUCCAGUGCUUGACAUGGACAUGACCGCCUUGCCCAGCAACGCGUUGUCAGAAAUCAGAGAGGACAAGCCCUGUCCUCGUAUCGAUGCAGCAGCGCCUUCCAGUGAGCGUUCAACGGGCAAUUGCAAGAAGGAUACAAAUAAGUUCAUGGAGUUCCCUUCUGAGGGCAACCAAAGAUUAUUUCUGGUGGCUCAAAGCCUGGUGAACGUGGCGAGCGCAGGCAAAAACGCCGUAUGCAACCUGCAGGAGCUCCCUUGCCGGAUGCCGGUGCUGCCGGGGAGGAAGAAGCAGGGGCGGAAGGUGGUGGUGCUGGAGGACCCGCGCGGGAGGCGAUGGCCAGUGCUCUACCUGUGCACCCCGACCUUCAGCGGCUUCGUGGCCGGGUGGGCCGACGUGCGCGCGGAGAACGGCCUGCGGGAGGGCGACGCCUGCGAGCUCGAGCUCCGCCGCGGUAGUUACUCCGAGCUGGCGCUCCGAGUGCUGGGCGCGCCCGGUUCUGCUUCUCAGUAG